CAACGAAAAGUGUCACAAACAGGAAAUCUUGCCAUGCCUUCAUAUGUUGCAUUCACUGAAAGCGGAUUCCUCAUAGGAGAAGCUGCCAAGAAUCAGGCAGCAGACAAUCCUUACAACACGGUUUACGAUGCUAAGCGACUCAUCGGGCGAAAGUUCGAUGACUAUGAAGUACAACGCAAUUUAACAGUUUGGCCAUAUAAAGUCGUCUCAGACAAAGCCUCCAAGCCCAUAGUGCAAGUUGAUUACAAACGAGAGGUUACGACCUUGACUCCCGAGGAGAUUUCAUCGAUGAUUCUCACGAAGUUAAAAGAUAAAGCUGAGGCUCACUUGAGAUCGCCAGUCAAGGUGAGUAUCGCUUAUGGAUUUUUGUCUUGAAG